GUACAGAAGGGAAUCUCUUUUAUGACCAGCAGAGGUCACUGCAGCCGCAGCGAAUUAAUAAGCUUUUACUGUAGCUCAAUACUGCCGCUGUAAUCGCCUGUCUGGCUGUGUGUGUCCCGUUUUCAAUCAUUCUCUAUCUUCUUUCGUGUUCAGAUAUGUUCACAACCAGGCUUGUUUUCAAAAUCAAAAUGAAAUGAACUCGGUGGACGUUUUGAAGUUGGGAGUGGACGCGCUGAAAGAGGAGCUUCAACGACGAAGGCUGGACACCCGAGGCCCGAGAACAGAGCUCACAAAGCGGCUACAGGACGCACUCGAAGGCGAGGCCUCAGCAGAGGAGACGGAUGAAGAAUGGGAGGAUUAUUCUGAAGCAGAGGUGAAAGUGGUGGUGAAGGAGGAGGAGGAGGAGGAGGAGGAGGAGGAGGAGGAGGAGUGUGAGCUGGUGCCGGUGACGGACCCUCGCUGCUGUCUCGAAGAGGGGAGACCCCCCCCAGCGAGCCGCAAGAGAGCGCUGGAGGAGGGGCCGGGGCGCGGCGCACACUGCGAGAAACUCCAGCACAAGAGGACCCCGCCCCAGCUGCUGGACCUGGACUCGGGAGACUGGACCUACGGGACCCGGAAGCCCAAUUUCACGGAGUCGGAGACGCGGGUCCUGGUGGAGGAGAUUCUGAGGAACCGGCACACGCUGUUCUCCCCGGACUCGUGGCGCCCGCCCCCCCAGGAGAGGCAGCGGUGCUGGGGGGAGAUCAGAGAGGCGGUGAACGCAGUGAGCGAGGUGAGCCGCGAGGUGAAGGAGCUGAAGAGACGCUGGCAGAUACUCAAGAAGAAGAUGAAGGACAGGCUGGGGGGUGAGCAGGACGGCAGGGAGCUGAGGCUGUGUGGCUGGGAGGAGAGCAUCGUGGGGUUCCUGAAGGACGAGGUGACGGAGUGUGGGUUCGGCAGCCUGACAGGAUCACAAGCCCGGCCUCCCUCAGACACAGACUCUGCUCCGGAGAGGCUCUGUGUGGAGAGCUCCUCACCCUCCCCUUGCCUGCCUGAGAGCUUCCAGCCCCUCACAUUCAUCAACGAGGGGGGGAAGGUGCUACCCACAGUGCGCUCCCUCAAACCGGCCGCUCCGAGCCCAGGGCCAACACACAGACAGCCUGAGACUAAACCAGAGGCACCAUCAGGGGGGAAGCAGGCUGAGGUAGCCAGUAAACCCACGGGAGUGCCCCUCACAAAGCAACCGCCAGCCCCGGAGGAGCCCCCGCGUGCUGCCGAAGCUCUGGGGUCCCAGGCUACUCUGCUGAGGGAGUGGAGAGAGCAGCAGACCCAGCACACUGCUCUGCUGAGGGAGUGGAGAGAGCAGCAGCCCCAGCACACUGCUCUGCUGAGGGAGUGGAGAGAGCAGCAGACCCAGCACACUGCUCUGCUGAGGGAGUGGAGAGAGCAGCAGACCCAGCACACUGCUCUGCUGAGGGAGUGGAGAGAGCAGCAGACCCAGCACACUGCUCUGCUGAGGGAGUGGAGAGAGCAGCAGCCCCAGCACGUCGCUCUGUUAGGCUCCCUGAGCCAGCAGGUGUGUUCAGCCGUGCAGCACAUUGCAGACAUGGCUAACACCUUCAAGAGCAUGGCAGCCAGCAUGGCAGCUGUAGCACAGUCUGUGCUGUCCCUGGCCAGCAAUACAGAGGCUAUACAGCAGCAGGAGGAGACAGACGACAAACCCAGACAGACGUAACAGCAGGACCACACUGAGCCGUGAUACACGAUGCUGAGGGUGCACUUCCCUUAUUCAACAGCCCACUGUUUUAUAAACGCUGCAGCAGUUAUACAUUACCCUUGUCACUCUGUGAGGUCAUCACAGCUGUUCAAAGCCUUGUCACUCUGUGAGGUCAUCGCAGCUGUUCAAAGCCUUGUCACUGUGUGAGCUCAUCACAGCUGUACAAAGCCUUGUCACUCUGUGAGGUCAUCGCAGCUGUUCAAAACCUUGUCGCUGUGUGAGGUCAUCACAGCUGUUCAAAGCCUUGUCGCUCUGUGAGGUCAUGACAGCUGUUCAAAGCCUUGUUGCUCUGUGAGGUCAUGACAGCUGUUCAAAGCCUUGUUGCUCUGCGAGGUCAUGACAGCUGUUCAAAGCCUUGUCGCUCUGCGAGGUCAUCGCAGCUGUUCAAAGCCUUGUCACUCUGUGAGGUCAUCACAGCUGUUCAAAGCCUUGUCGCUUUGUGAGGUCAUCGCAGCUGUGAGGAGGUGAAGGAGAAUGCCUAAGCAAGUCCCAUCUGAUUGAAGUCUGCCACUACAGCACUGGAACCACUCAGCCCAAGUGACCUCAGCACAGACUGGGACUGUUUCUGCUGGUAAUGGAAACACAAAGUAAAAAGGACAGUUCCAUUUAAAGGGCAGAGGAACUCAUUACAAAUCUACUCUCUCUGCAAGUUAUAAGACUCUUUCAGUUUAAAUAAGGAAAUCAUUUGUUUUUGUAAUUGUUCAUUAAAAAUGGUUUGUGUUUAAAAAACAAAA